CUCUUUUCUCCUCCUCUCUCUCAGCCGCUGUUACAAUUCACUCUCUCCUCAACUUUCUCUCCUCAACUUUCUUCUUCUUCCGUUCUUCUACUAACGGAAGAUUAUAAUGGCUGGUAAAGGAGAAGGUCCCGCCAUUGGUAUUGAUCUCGGCACGACCUACUCGUGUGUUGGAGUAUGGCAACACGACCGUGUUGAGAUCAUUGCUAAUGAUCAGGGUAACAGAACCACCCCUUCUUAUGUUGCUUUCACUGAUUCCGAAAGGUUGAUUGGUGAUGCUGCCAAGAAUCAGGUUGCCAUGAACCCCAUUAACACCGUCUUUGAUGCUAAGAGGUUGAUCGGAAGGAGAUUUAGUGAUGCAUCAGUUCAGGCUGACAUGAAGUUGUGGCCAUUCAAGGUUACACCCGGACCAGGGGAGAAGCCCAUGAUUGUUGUAAGCUACAAGGGCGAGGACAAGCAAUUUGCUGCUGAGGAAAUUUCCUCCAUGGUCCUUACCAAGAUGAAGGAGAUUGCCGAGGCUUACCUUGGUUCAACUGUGAAGAACGCUGUUGUUACCGUCCCUGCCUACUUCAAUGACUCUCAGCGUCAGGCAACCAAGGAUGCUGGAGUUAUUUCUGGCUUGAACGUUAUGCGUAUCAUUAAUGAGCCAACUGCUGCAGCCAUUGCUUACGGUCUUGACAAGAAGGCCACCAGUGUUGGUGAGAAGAAUGUGCUCAUCUUUGAUCUUGGAGGUGGUACUUUUGAUGUGUCUCUUCUUACCAUUGAGGAGGGUAUCUUUGAAGUCAAGGCCACCGCUGGUGACACCCAUCUUGGAGGUGAGGACUUUGACAACAGAAUGGUCAACCACUUCGUUCAGGAAUUUAAGAGGAAGCACAAGAAGGAUAUCAGUGGAAACCCAAGGGCUCUCAGGAGGUUGAGGACAGCUUGUGAAAGGGCAAAGAGGACUCUUUCAUCCACUGCUCAAACCACCAUUGAAAUCGAUUCUCUCUUUGAGGGUGUUGACUUCUACUCACCUAUCACUCGUGCUCGUUUUGAGGAGUUGAACAUGGACUUGUUCAGGAAGUGUAUGGAGCCUGUUGAGAAGUGUUUGAGGGAUGCUAAGAUGGACAAGAGCACCGUUCACGAUGUUGUUCUUGUUGGUGGAUCCACUAGGAUUCCCAAGGUCCAGCAAUUGUUGCAAGAUUUCUUCAACGGCAAGGAGCUUUGUAAGAGCAUCAACCCUGAUGAGGCUGUUGCCUAUGGUGCUGCUGUCCAAGCUGCUAUCUUGAGUGGUGAAGGAAACGAGAAGGUCCAAGAUCUUUUGCUUUUGGAUGUUACUCCUCUUUCUCUUGGUCUUGAGACCGCUGGUGGUGUUAUGACUGUUCUUAUCCCAAGGAACACCACCAUCCCCACCAAGAAGGAGCAGGUAUUCUCCACUUACUCCGACAACCAGCCUGGUGUGUUGAUCCAGGUCUAUGAAGGAGAGAGGACCAGGACCAGGGACAACAACUUGUUGGGUAAAUUUGAGCUUUCUGGCAUUCCCCCAGCACCCAGGGGUGUUCCUCAAAUUAAUGUCUGCUUUGACAUUGAUGCCAAUGGUAUCUUGAAUGUUUCUGCUGAGGACAAGACCACUGGACAGAAGAACAAGAUCACAAUCACCAAUGACAAGGGUAGGUUGUCCAAGGAGGAAAUUGAGAAGAUGGUUCAGGAAGCCGAGAAAUACAAGUCUGAGGAUGAGGAGCACAAGAAGAAGGUUGAGGCCAAGAAUGCUCUUGAGAACUACGCCUACAACAUGAGGAACACUGUUAAGGAUGAGAAGAUCGGUGCCAAGCUUUCUGACGAUGACAAGAAGAAGAUUGAGGAUGCCAUUGACUCCACCAUCCAAUGGUUGGACGGCAACCAGCUUGCUGAGGCCGAUGAGUUUGAAGACAAGAUGAAGGAGCUUGAGAGCAUUUGCAACCCAAUCAUCGCCAAGAUGUACCAAGGUGCUGGUGGUGACAUGGGCGGUGGCAUGGAGGAUGAAGGUCCCACUUCUGGUGGCGGUGCUGGUCCCAAGAUCGAGGAAGUUGACUAAGUUAUUACUUUCAGUUUUAUUUAAAAAUAUGCAACUCUAUUAAUUUCUUGUUUAGACAAUUGAUUUUUGGAAAAUGGUAUCAACAGUGAGUUAAAAAUCACUGUUAUUUUGGGAUUGUAACAGCUGCAUUUUGCUGUAGGACAAGUUUACAUUAGGUUUUAUUGCCAAGUUGCCAACUCUUAUGAAGAAAAAUCAUACAUUUUCACCGGCAUAUUGAGUUUUGAGUUGUCUUCGUAUUA